AGUGUAGUCGAGACUCGAGGCCGUAGACAUAUUCGAGUCUUUCAACUCAUAAUUUACCACAAAACAAAGCGGAGCUGUCAAGAGCGCUAGCCCCAUUAUAAAUCUCAAUAAAUUCCUGUAUAUAUUUACUCAUCAAUCCCCUCUCCUGGACACACAACAAUAACAAUAUUCUCUUCUCAUAUCUAAAGUAUGGGUAAUCUCUUUUGCUGCGUUCAAGUGGAUCAGUCUACUGUUGCUAUUAAGGAGCACUUUGGGAAGUUCGAUGAUGUACUUGAUCCGGGAUGCCAUUGCUUGCCAUGGGUGUUCGGGUAUCAGAUUGCUGGUCAUCUGUCUCUUAGGGUCCAACAGUUGGAUGUCAAGUGUGAAACAAAAACGAAGGACAACGUUUUCGUCAAUGUUGUAGCAUCAAUUCAGUACCGUGCUCUCUCAGAGAAGGCCAAUGAUGCAUUUUACCGACUCUCAAAUACAAGGUCUCAGAUUCAGGCCUAUGUCUUUGAUGUUAUCAGAGGAACGGUACCUAAGCUCAACCUAGAUGCUGCUUUUGAGCAGAAGAAUGACAUUGCCAAGGCUGUUGAAGAUGAACUUGAGAAGGCAAUGUCUCAUUAUGGAUAUGAGAUUGUCCAGACACUGAUAGUUGAUAUAGAACCUGAUGAGCAUGUUAAGAGAGCAAUGAAUGAAAUCAAUGCGGCUGCAAGGCUUAGGAUGGCAGCUACUGAGAAGGCUGAGGCUGAAAAGAUUCUUCAGAUCAAGAGAGCUGAAGGUGAGGCUGAGUCAAAGUACCUCUCGGGACUGGGUAUAGCACGCCAGCGCCAGGCAAUUGUUGAUGGUUUAAGAGACAGUGUGUUGGGUUUCUCAGUUAAUGUGCCCGGCACAACUGCAAAGGAUGUAAUGGACAUGGUUUUGGUGACACAAUACUUCGACACCAUGAAGGAAAUCGGUGCUUCAUCAAAGUCCUCUGCUGUGUUCAUACCUCACGGGCCUGGCGCAGUUCGUGAUGUUGCCACCCAGAUUCGUGAUGGGCUCCUUCAGGGAUCUGCUGCCCAGCACUAACAUUCCCACCCCCUUAAAUAUGUCUGGAGAAAUUUGUUCUCAAAUACAGUAUAUAUAAUCACAUAUGAUUUAAAGUUUGUUUUGGAAGUUGCGGAGUAUACUUUUUACUCACGGUUUGGUUAAUUUGCUUGGGUUUGGUACCAGUAUCUAUGUUCAUCAAUGAAGUAGUAGGGUUGUACAUUAUAAAGAUUUCUUCCACUAGAGAUUGAGUUUGUAAACAAAUUCUCGUCGUCUUUUUACUCUCUAUUAUAUGACUAGUGAAUGCUUUUACACUUCA